ACAUCAUGACUUCAUAACAGACAUCACAGACUCGUACAUUGUUGCAGCAUUUCUAGAUCUCAUGCAAAUGGAGGAUUUGAGUUGUACACCUAAUCCGAUACCCUUGUUUUCGUUGAUGUCUGAUAAUCAGAAAAAUGAGUGGCUUCUGAAUGCAGCAGAAAGAGUUUUGAAUGAGCUGAAAGUAAGCAAAGUUUCCUUUCAGGAUAUCGUUGACGACAUGGGGGCUCUGGACGGUGAUGUAAAUAACCUUGAUGCUAUGAAGUCUGCUGAUUUCUUUUUAUGUGCAGUAUGUGGAAAACAAUAUCAUAAAAGAGGCUGGCUUAAAAAACAUCUAGAAAAGAAACAUCAUUGGAAAUUUCAUAUUCCGAAGGGAAACUCUGUGUGUUACAAUCCCAUACAGACUUUUCUAUUCAUGUCUUUGCUACACAGAGACACCUGCGACUCGUAUCGAAUGGGUGAUGGUGAUAGAAUCGUACGAAAUGUGUAUUUUGAGUGGUUAUUCGCAUCAGGACUGAAGCACUCAAAGUAUAAAAUCUGGCUUUUCAGAACUCUUUGCUACAUUUAUCUUCUAAGUCCUGAGCUGAGUUUCGAAUACAAAUGGAAUAUGACAGUAAAUUUAAAAGGUGGAACUGGACAGUGUAUUCCCAAUGAUAACUGUGUUGAGUUACAAGUGGGCAAUAUAAAGAGCCAGUUGAACACUCAGGGUUCUAACAAGUCAUAUAAGUCAGCAAAACAAAUCUGUAUGACUACUCAAGUCAUUGAUGCUGUAAAAGAGAGUCUUAUGUCGUCCACAAAAACAGCAAGAUCCAAAAGCAGUCGACCAGUGGUUGACAAGAUGAAGGACAUUGUGGCCGUUAUAAACUGCUUAAGAUCUAAAGACUUCGUUAAAGACUUAACAUGGUCAAGUUUCCACAAUUUUAAAGAUCCAAUCAGUGGUAUUGACUGUAAAGAUUUGCAUGAGUGGAUUUUUCAUCAGAGAGAAGUUGCCAAUCAGUAUAUGAAAUAAUGUAAUGAUACUUGAACAUGUUAAGUGUUCAAAAUAUCAGAGUAUAAAUGGAGUAGAUUGGGAGUUUACAACUAAGAUUACAUAUAUCUGAUGUUAAUAAAUUGGUAUUUACUCAAA